UUCGAAGCUCUGCAGCGAUGUGAGGUGUGCACAUUCGGUCGAGCAGAGAAACGAGGGGAAUACUGCGAGGGAGAAAGAGGGAGUCAAAGGGAGAGAUUGAGAAUACGGUCAAACACACAAGAGCAUCAUGGCACCCAUAGGACUCAAGGCGGUGGUCGGUGAAAAGAUUAUGAAUGAUGUCAUCAAGAAGGUGAAGAAGAAGGGGGAAUGGAAGGCGCUGAUUGUGGACCAGCUGAGCAUGAGGAUGCUGUCCUCUUGCUGCAAGAUGACAGACAUCAUGUCAGAUGGCAUCACCAUUGUGGAGGACAUAAACAAGCGACGAGAGCCUCUUCCCACCCUGGAGGCCAUUUACCUGAUUACCCCCACUGACAAGUCUGUGCAGACCCUGAUUGGAGACUUCAAAGACCCCCAUUCAGCCAAAUACAAAGCAGCCCACGUCUUCUUCACUGACUCCUGCCCCGACCCACUGUUCAACGAGUUAGUGAAGAGCCGUGCCUCCAAAUCCAUCAAGACCCUGACCGAGAUCAACAUCGCCUUCCUGCCCUAUGAAUCACAGGUGUACUCUUUGGACAACCCGGAUGCCUUCCAGAGUUUCUACAGCCCCCAUAAGACCCAGCUGAAGAACCCAGUGAUGGAGAGGCUGGCAGACCAGCUGGCCACCCUGUGUGCCACUCUGAAGGAGUACCCCGCUGUCAGAUAUCGAGGGGAGUACAAAGACAAUGCCACCCUGGCCCAGCUGUUGCAGGACAAACUGGAUGCCUACAAGGCUGAUGACCCCACCAUGGGAGAGGGUCCUGAUAAGGCUCGUUCUCAGCUGAUCAUCCUGGACAGGGCUUUUGACCCUGUCUCCCCCGUCCUGCAUGAGCUCACCUUCCAGGCCAUGGGCUACGACCUGCUGCCCAUAGAAAACGACGUCUACAGAUAUGAUUCCCCUGGGAUGGGAGACACUUCUCAGAAGGAGGUCCUGCUGCACGAGGAUGAUGACCUGUGGGUGGGGCUCAGACACAAACAUAUCGCUGAGGUGUCCACGGAGGUGACACGCCAACUGAAGGACUUUUCUGCUAGCAAGAGGAUGAACACUGCUGGAGAGAAGACCACCAUGAGGGACCUCUCUCAGAUGCUGAAGAAGAUGCCCCAGUACCAGAAGGAGCUGAGCAAGUACUCCACUCACCUGCAGCUGGCUGAGGACUGCAUGAAGCACUACCAGGGCACAGUGGACAAGUUGUGUCGUGUGGAGCAGGACCUGGCCAUGGGUACAGAUGCUGAGGGGGAGAAGAUCAAGGACCCCAUGAGGGCCAUCGUGCCAAUCCUGCUGGAUGCCAAUGUCACCACCCACGACAAGAUCCGCAUCAUCCUCCUCUACAUCUUCCUCAAGAACGGAAUCACGGAGGAGAACCUGAACAAGCUCAUCCAGCACGCUCAGAUCCCUCCUGAGGACAGUGAGAUCAUCACCAACAUGGCCCACCUGGGCGUGCCCAUCAUCACAGAUUCCACCCUCCGCAGGGGGAAGAAGCUGGACAGGAAGGAACGUGUGAGUGCGCAGACCUAUCAGCUGUCCCGCUGGACACCACUGGUCAAAGACAUCAUGGAGGAUGUUAUUGAAGAUAAGCUGGACACCAAGCACUACCCCUACAUCUCUACCCGCUCCUCUGCCUCCUUCAGCAGCACUGCAGUCAGUGCCCGGUAUGGCCACUGGCACAAGAAUAAGACCCCAGGCGAGUACCGCACCGGGCCACGCGUCAUGGUCUUCAUCAUCGGAGGCGUGUCCUUCAGCGAGAUGCGCUCUGCCUACGAGGUCACGCAGGCCAAUGGGAAGUGGGAGGCCAUCAUUGGAUCGACCCACGUCUUCACCCCCACCGCCCUCCUGGAACAGCUCAAGACCAUGAACAAACCAGACGAGGAACCAGCAAGCUAAAAUCACCCAGCCCCAUUUAUCUAUCCUUUCCUCUCCCCUACACAUCCCCCAGUCACCCUCCCAAAAUCCUACAUGAAUUGUAUAAGCAUCUUGCACGAGAAGAUGAAAAAUACAAAACAAUGAUAGCAUUGAUGAAAAAAAUAUGUUGAAACAGAAAUAAAAUAAUGUUGCAAGUAUUCUCAUGUUUUACAAUGGAUGCAAAUAAUGGAACUUAUUUAAAAAAGGUUUAAUUAUCAACUAAGGCCAUUUGAAACUGAAAGAACCAAAUGUAAUAUUGUAUGCUAUGAAACCUGCUAGAAUGUGUAAAAUGUAGAGGUUUUCUCUGUUUGUUCCCUCAGUUUAUCUUAUUGGUGUGAAUUUUAUUGGUAGUGGGUGGACGAGGGAUGCCUUACUGGAGUUGGUUGGCACUAGACAGGUCAAUGCAUUAAGAUCAUAUCACUCAACAUGCAAUAUAACUCAUCCCAGUCCUAUUAGGGGGGAGAAUCUUAGCUGGUCAAGACAUUUGUAUCAGUAGCAUACAGGGAUGGAACCUAAGGAUUUUGGGCACUGGCCAGAUGGGCUAGUAGACUGCAAUUUCUACUAGUCCAAAAUCUUUGCCAUGCGAUAUUUGAAAAUACAACAUUUCACUAGCCGGUGGGCUAGUUGGGCACAUUUUCUACUAGACCAGUCUGAAAAGUACUAGCCAGGGGCUAGCGGGCUAGCUUAAUUUCCAUCCCUGGUAGCAUGCCUGAACAUUGUGUGGACUGUUACUGUAUAUUCUUUAGUAUGGCAAUACUGAGACCAAGCAACCCAAGAGAUCAUUUAAUCACAGUGCUGUCUGUGAGUUAGACAGUAACAAACAGCCAAACUGACCCUAGGUCUGAGGAUAGAAAAAAACGGAAUUCUGUAAAUAGCUACAGAAUGGUAGAAGCAUCCUUCCUCCAGCCAUAAGACUGGAAUUAUUUACUCGCCACAUCCUUUUCCUUUUCUCUGGAGAGAUUUCACAUUUUAGUGUCAAAAGGCCAUUGCUUGCAGAUGUUUAAAGAAUAAUCAUAAAGGGCCGAUUUGUAUUUCAGUAUUGUAUCCUGUCACGUUGUAAGUCUUAUCAUUGGUUAGUAUCAAAAUGUUUAGCCGGGUCAUGCACUGAGUAGUGUGUUGUGUAUAUGCCAUAUGUUGAUGUUUAGUGUCUCACUGUUGACUGGUGAUGUUUCUGACUGUCAAGUAGUAAAAUAUUUCCUUUAAAAAAUGUCAAUGUGAAGCCACAUGUGUUUGUGAUGUUUUAGCUGUAGCUGUAGUGGUCAACUGGGAAAAUAACUAAUAUCUAUAUUUUGUUUGUCUGUCCGUUAGUUUUAUCUUCUGGUGCAAUGUUAACUCUUCCAAUGGUGAAUGGCUUUGCAAAGAAAAUGUAACCCCAAUAUUUAUAACGUUUUAUUUCUCAUUUUUUCUCUCUCUAUUUCCUGGCAAAACAGGUUGUAAAUUGAUUGCACUAUGCGUUUUCUGUGAUGCAAACACUUUUUAUUUUUUCUAUAAUCAGUUGGUGUUGUAAAGGGUUCUCUGUCUAUUCAAUUAAUUUAUAUCAAAGUUAUUUAUCAGAGAGAAAAAAUAUUAAUAAAUGAAACAUAAGUCUAUCCUAAACCGGUUUAACUUAUUGGGAUUCUAUGUUUGCGAGUGUUGAAGCACAAACAAAAGUAUACUUAAUGUGUACCAAUGUACUAAGGCUGUCUAAUAAAUUGGCUUCCAUUACAAGGA